AUGAAGUCUCUUCUUAACCUGCUGCUCCUCCUGUUUUUUGUCAUCAUCAACUCCAAGGUCUAUAAGCCCUGUGAGUUCGCCAGAACUAUGAAAAGAAGUGAAAUGGAUGGCUAUAGGGGAUUCAGCCUGGAAAACUGGAUGUGUUUGGCUCAACACGAGAGUGGCUUUAACACAGGAGUUGUAACCUACCACCGUGGACACCAAAGCACCAGUUAUGGGAUAUUUCAGAUCAAUAGCAGACACUGGUGUAAUGAUGGCAAAACCCCCAAAGCAGUGAAUGCCUGUGGGAUACCCUGCAGUGUUUUGCUCCAGGAUGACAUCACUGAAGCCAUAACAUGUGCAAAGAAGGUUGUGAGUGAUUUAGAAGGCAUCAGAGCAUGGAGGGCAUGGAGAGCCAAAUGUGAAAACCGAGAUAUCACCAAGUAUCUUCAGAACUGCAGAGUCUAAUCACUGGACACUACCACUGCAGCUCAUUCUGUUUCUUUCUCGCUCUAGAAGUAGUUAUGGGAAAAAUCACACUUUCUUGUUUUCCCCAUCAAACAAGCAGGCUUUAAACAAAAGCAGGAGCAAAAAGGAGAGUGUUUCCUAAAAGGUUUCUGCUGCCUUCUUCAUUAUUUUAAGCAAAGCCUCAGUUUUUCAGUUAGAUAAUGCAGCAGAUGGUGGUGUCAGUGAUCUAACACUUUGGCCAUCAAACAUAUCUCUAUACUUCAGUUAUUCACUUAUGAAGUAAUUCACAUCAAGUUUCACUGGAAUUGAUCUUCAUGUCUCCCUUGUUGGAAAGAAUUAAAACAAAACAUUGAUACGAGACAAGUUGAUCUCAGGUAAAAUGGCAGCUGUGUGAGCUCCCAGGCCUUGUGUGCAGGCCCAGCACCCAGACAGUUAGAACAGCCACUGUAUGAGGAGAGCUGGAAUUUUAAGGAAAAAGAACUCUGAGUGAAUAUAAUUAUACUCAGAAACCUGUUGGCAUGAACUCUGUGACCUUUCAAAAAAUUAUUUUCCUAGAACUUGUCCAUUUAUACCACUUAAUUCUCACUCAUGUGUCAGUCUAUUUUAACCCUUGAGAGAGUAUUCCCAUCCCCUUGCUGAUCAUGAGGUAUUCCAGAGAGAUUAGUGUCUGUGCUAGCCCUUAGCUUUCUUAAAGUAGCUUCAUGCAUAUCAGCUAACUCUGAGACAGAUGAGCUUGGAUCCUCAAAACUAAGAGCACUGUGAAAAACUACAAAUUACCAUUAAAUCAUUUCAAUGUA